AUUAGUGAGAAUUAAUCGGUGUUGAUGGUAAAAUUAUCAAACAUUUUUGCCGUUUAAAAAAAAAAAAAAAAAAACUUAUAGUUCACAUGGUCUGCACAAAAAUCACCACUCCACAAUUUGAAAUUGGGUCCAGGCCUUGCGAUCUCGAAAUACGUCCACACGAUACUCUUCAGCCAGAGAAGCAAUUUAAACAUCUGAUCUCGAUACUCUGAUAGAGGAUUUAGAGAGAGAAAGUAGAAGCGAUCUGCAUUGACUGAUCCGAUGAACGGCUUCUGAUGAAGGAUUCGUCGGAAGUUCCAUAGGAUGGCGGAGCAGACGACCGAGAAGAGCUCGUCUGAAGAUCAGUUGAAGAAGACGACGAAAGUGGACGUUACAGAUCCAGAAUCCUUCAGCUGUAUGCUUCAGCCUGUUACUGCCGACUCCGAUCUCAAUUACAUCGGAAUUCGCCGUCUUCUUCUCUAUCGCAAGGCUCAAUCCGGUGUUCUCCGCCGUAAGGAUUGGAGAUGCAACGGAAAAGGUUAUGUGGCCUUCCGCAAUUACAUUAACAGGCCAAGUAACUGGGAAAGUUUGCAUAUACCGAGCCAUUCAAGCACUCCUGGAAACAGUGGGCGAUGGUUACCAUCUCCAGGUCCACUCUCCCUUUUCUUAGAGGUGGACAGCUGGAGUUCUAGCAAGGAGCUACGAAGCGGCAAUCAAACUUUGAGUCACAGUGCUAGUUUAAGCUCAAAUUUAAGUGAUUCUGAUAGACCACGUAGAAGAGCUGAACCUGCAUAUUCCUUCGUAGGGAUGCAAUGCAUCUUUGACCAGUGCAAAUCCAUGGUUACAAUUAUAAAGUUUGGGCACAUGAGUUCCGAUCUACUUGCAUUUGGGGCAACAGAUGGAACAUUGACAGUAUGCACAGUGUCCCAGCCACCUUCAAUUAUCAAGCAGUUAACAGGGCACUCAAAAGAUGUCACAGAUUUCGACUUCUCAUCCAACAAUCAGUAUAUUGCAUCAUCCUCGAUGGAUAAAACUGUUAGAGUAUGGGAGAUAUUGAAAGGCACUUGCAUUCGAGUGAUAUAUGGAGUGGCUUCACAACUAUGUAUUCGUUUUCAUCCUGUGAAUAACAACUUUCUUUCAGUUGGCAACGCGAACAAAGAAAUCACUGUAUUCAAUUUCAGCACAGGGAGAAUAAUCAACAAAACAGCUUUUGACAGUGAGAUUACUGCCAUGGAUCAUGAUCACACCGGUCAGCUUAUCUUUUGUGGAGAUGCUAAGGGAUAUGUUUACACAGUCUCUAUGAACUCUCACACAGGUGCAUUGUCUCGGUCACGUCACAGUCGAAGCAGUAGCAAAGGCAAAUCUCCGGUCACAACUCUGCAAUACAGAACAUUUUCUCUGCUGGCACGAGGUCCUGUGUUGCUGACAUUUACUCGAGAUGGAAGUCUAUCAUUUUUCAGUGUUUCUUUGGAGAUACAAGGUUAUAUGACUCUUCAAUGCUCUCUCCAAUUGGCUCCACGACUACACAGCAUCCGUGCUUCCUUUUGCCCUCUGCUUUCCCUAGAAAAAGGAGAAUACAUAGUUGCCGGAAGUGAGGAUGCGAAUGUCUAUUUCUAUGACUUGACGCGGCCAAAACAUCCAUGUGUAAACAAGCUACAGGGUCAUAGUUACCCGGUUAUAGGUAUUGCUUGGAACCACGGAGAGAACUUGUUGGCUUCUUCUGAUUUUGGCGGCACCAUUAUUGUAUGGAAGAGAGCAAAGACAAGUUAAAGCAAAAAAUAUUACGAGGUAAAAUUUUUUAAAUUGCAUACAAUAGAGGACGGACACGGAAGGACCUUCGGUUUUUUUUCAGCAUUAUAGUGUCAUUCUUUUGUAGAACCGGUAAAAAAUACGAGUGAAUCACAUAACAAGUAUUUUACUAUUAAAUGUAAUAGGCAGAUUAGGGAACUGAGUGUUCAAGGCUUAGAAUUUAUUCUUUGUAUUCCAUUUAUACUUUCUUCACACUACUUGAUGAGACGAAACUACGAAGAUCUGAAGAAAAAUGAUAAUUUCCUCUGAAAGCUAUAUUGACUGAGAAAGUAAUUUCUGUAUGAUGAGUUUUAAUUGAAAGAAUAUUCACUGCGUUUUUUGUUCA